ACUUCCCAUAAUGGAUUGUGUUGGAUAUGUGAACAUCGCUAUCCUUCAAGGAGCCUGUUGAAGAGUAUGAAUCGUAAAGUGACUGCAUGCGGAUUUUUGUACGUGGCACCGCCAAACCUCGACUUUUCACUGCAAUCACAUUCCGCUAAGCGAUGGCAACGGCGAUGGUUUACGUUGUUCGAUUCUGGUGAGCUUACAUGGGCACUGGACAAUAAUCCGGAUACCGUACCUCAACUGACCAUCGACAUGACACGAUGCCAUCGGGUCUGUGAGGCGGACUCCAUUACAGGGAACUCACAUUCAAUUCUAAUGGCCUUCAAAACGGAAGGCGAUACAUCGCAGCCAUCAAUCGUCUAUGUAAAAGCGGAUACGACGGACGAAAUUCGUUGGUGGCAGAAUAUGCUGAACGCUUAUGCAAAGCAGAACACCAUACAAGUACGACCAAGGCGACAAAUGGCAGACGAAAAGUAUGAACCGAUGGUGAUUUCUCCCGAGCCGGACAUGGAGUUUUCGGCGUGUUCGUCACGAUGUUCUUCUUUGGAUCGGUUAGAGGCGGAACGAACGGCGCCAGCAAGCGCUACUGUAGUCGCCGCCGAACCGAAAGACAUAGCCGCUGCCCCCGGUGGUGCCACUCUCAAAGGUACCCAUGGAACUCCACGCACUAUUCAGGCGUGUCAUAUCGAUACAUCAAUGGCCCAUACUCUGCGGAAAGGAUGGCUCAUGCUCCGUGGGAAGAGCGACAACGAAUGGCAAAAUCAUUGGGUCGUACUAGCCGGUCUAAGCCUGAAGUUGUACAAAGACGUAUGGGCUGAGGACUCAACGGAGCCAUUGAUCGCUAUCGACCUAUCGGAAUGUGAAAACGUCUACCCAUCUGCCAGUGCAAAAAACUACGGCAUUGAAAUCAAGUGCCGACGUACUCGCUAUGUACUCUCUGCAAUGACUCCUGGUAUACGUGACAGUUGGAUUACAGCUCUUCAACAAAAUAGGCACAAUCCUUCUCCAACCUAUGCAGAGACUUGUGCAUCGAAUGAU